AUGUCGGUGACGCUUCACACGACCCAAGGCGACGUGAAGUUGGAGCUGUUCUGCCAGUCCACGCCAAAGACGAGCUACAACUUCCUGGCUCUGUGUGCGAGCGGGGCAUACGAUGGCUCUCCAUUUCAUCGAUGCAUCCCCGGCUUCAUGGUGCAAGGCGGCUCGCCAGCGGCAGGAUCUACCAAAGACAGCGAGUCCGUGUACGGCGGGAUGUUUGAAGACGAAACCAAGUCUUCUCUGAAACAUCACGCACGCGGGAUUCUCAGCAUGGCGAACAAAGGCCCACGCACCAACGGCAGCCAGUUCUUCUUGACAUUCGCCGCCGCCCCGCACCUGGACGGCAAGAACACUGUUUUUGGCAGAGUACUUGAGGGUUGGGAUGCUCUGGAUCAAAUCGAGGCUGUGCAGGUCGACAAGAAGAACCGACCUCAGACAGCGAUCAAGAUUGAACGAGUUACGAUUCACGCCAAUCCACUUGCGGACGAGAGAUGA